AAAAAAAAGAAUAAUUAGAAAAAAAAUACAGGAAAGUGUUGCAACCCUGUAUACCAGUCCAGCAGCAAAUGUUAACAAUUAUUAUUUUGUUUGAUAUUAUCCCUUUUUUAAGAUUACUUCCGCUCCUAGUUAGCCCUCACCCCUGAAACAUGCCGAAGUCGGGUGUGCAAACAUGGUUCAAAUACAGGCUGCCUGGCCACUCCUUAUAAGCGAUGGGGGGUGAGAAUGUGUCUAUUAUUUAAGGGCUGGGCGUCACAUGCCCACACAAAAGAUGGCACUGCAACUUUUACAUUCCCUUCUCCGUGGAAAAGUCUUUCCCACAAACAAAAUGGCCACUGGAGCGUCAAGUUUUCUCCUAAUGCCACCUGCGCUGUGACCUUUACCCUGCUGGCAAGGGGCGGGCCAAUAGUAAGCAGCACGCCGCCAUAUUGACUGUUGUCCUGUCUAAGGGGUACAGAUCUGGGCUGUAGCCUUUAGGAUUGUAGGUGGCCUCGAAACGGGCAGCUUGUGUUGAGAGAACUCUGCGGACUGGCUGAGCGAUGACCAGGAAGAGAAACAAGCAGGGGAACGGUCGCAGGGAGCGUGCAGCGGGGCAGCAUCGACCGGGGAAAAGCUCUCCUGCUUGUGAGGGACCAGAGGCAGAUGCGAGAGAGAGGCUGGAGGAGAUGGGGAAAGCCGGACAGGUUUUGCCCUCUUCCAGCCAGUUUGUCCAGACAUGCUGCCUUCUGUGUCAUCGGGAAAGAAAAGACUGGACAGGUUCCCCUCCUCACAAUGGGCUAGUCUCACCAGUGGAUGAUAUCCCGGCUUCCUUUAUGCCCUCCUUGGCACAAAACCUGUUGGGAGAGAUGCCUCUGUGGAUUUGCCAGAGCUGUCGGAAAAGUGUUGAGGAGGAAGAGCGACGGGCAAUGCCUGAACAGCCUCUAGCAGUGUCCUUGUCUCAUACGUCCUGUAAAUCCCAGUCCUGUGGAGGCGGUUCACAUUCCUCAUCGUCCUCAUCUUCCUCUUCAUCUUCAUCCACCUCUUCUUCCUCUAGUUCCUCCUCCUCUUCCGCCUGUCAUGGAAAUUCUGGGGACUGGGACCCCAGCUCCUUCCUCUCUGCCCACAAGCUCUCUGGCCUUUGGAACUCUCAGCAGCACUCUAAUGGCAGCUUAGGAGGUGUUGCUUCUGUAGAUAAAGGUGAUGUUUUCCCAGUCUCUCCAGAACAUGGCAGUAAAGCUCCCAAGCUCUCUGGACUAAAGAAGUGUCCAUAUAGCCCAUCAGGGGCAAGCACAGGAACACUCCCUACCUCACUCAACUUUUGCAAGUCUCCCAAACAGUUUAAAAGCAUGUGCCAUAGGCCCUCAUCCCCUGGAGAGGCUUACCACUCUUUAGACCACCAUCAGCAUCCGGAUCCUAGCGCCCCCCCAAACAGUCCUACAGGUCUCUCCUCCCAGCUGCCUCCAUCUCCUCAAAGUUCUCCACCUCCACACCUAUCCUCUUCUAACCCCUCAUCCCCCUUCUCAAUAUCAAGCCAUUCGUCGAACAUCGCAGCUCCUAAAGCCACUGCUGGAUCUCCCCCUAGAGGUCACAGAGGUCCACACCUACCUGGCUCCAGCCCCUCACUCCUGAAAGUGAAUCCCCCUCCUCCUCCACUGUCGUCAUGCAGCCAUCCUUGCAAUGGGCAUUGCAGUGGGGGGAAUGUAAUACAGGGCGGGGGCAUCCCCGGGACCACUACAAACAGGGACACAACAUGUAGAGGACACAAGUUUUCUAACGGCUCAAGCUGUUCAGCCAUGCAGCCUUGUGAAGCAGAUGAGGGGCUUGGGGAAGAUGAAGACAGCAGUUCGGAACGCAGCUCAUGCACUUCAUCAUCCACCAACCAGAGAGAUGGCAAAUUCUGUGACUGUUGCUACUGCGAAUUCUUUGGGCAUAACACGCCGCCUCCAGCUCCUACGAGUCGCAACUACCCAGAGAUGAGAGAGAAGCUUCGCUCUCGCCUUACUAAAAGGAAAGAGGAGAUUCCACAGAAGCGGCACUCGGCAGAUGAACAGGCUAUAGAUCACCGGAAUGUGGAUGAAUUGCUGGACUUCAUCAAUAGCUCUGAAGCUAAAACCACCAGUAGCAGCAAAGCCGCCAAAAGAGCCCGACACAAACUGAAAAAAAAGGAGAAGGCUUUACAGGAGGUUGGUGCAUUUAAAACAUCAGAUGAUUAUUCUUCAGCAAUCAAAGACACAGGGGCUCCAGCAUCAGGAGACAAGUUGUUACAAUGGCCUCAGCUGGAACUGGAGAGAGUGAACAGCUUUUUAACCAGCAGACUGGAAGAGAUUAAGAAUACUAUCAAGGACUCGAUCCGGGCAAGCUUCAGCGUUUAUGACCUAAAUCUUGAUGUGAAUGACUUUCCCAAGAAAGCAGCUGUACUAGAGCAGAAAAACUUGCUCUCCCACCUUAAUGGUUCUUCUGAACUCCAGGAGAUUGACCUUGAUCUCUCUCCUCUCAGCCUUGGGGUACCAAAAAGCCAGAAUUCAAGGCAGCCAGAGGAUACAGUCGGUACUGCUGUUCAACCCACAGAAAAUGGGGUAGUUAAAAGGCUAAGUGCUGUGCCCAACUUAUCAAGAAUGAUUUGGGUUCAGUCCCCGAAGGCAUCUGAAUCAGGACAAAGUAUGGACACAAGCCCUGACACUAACAGUCUGUCUGCCACUGACGUGCAGGAUCUUCAGGAACCACCAUUCUCUGCAACAGCUGGAGGUCGUCAGAAAAAGAGCAAAAAGCAAUACUUACAGACCCGGAAGUGUGUAGAAACAGGGCAGGUGAAUGUUCCUGCAUCAAAUGGAAAGCCACAAAACAGAACCCUGCCAGAGAAAGGAGAGGUGGCCUUAAGCCAAGAAUCUGACAGUGUAAAUCCAGUAAAACUCAGACCUGAGAAAGAGAGGUGUGAGCCAGUUGGGUGUGAAAGGACAGCUGUGCCAAGUGAUAUGAGAGCCACUACUAACGUGACUGUCAAAGAGUCAACACAACCUAGAGGCAAAGCAAGAAAGAGCAAGAAUAAGUCUGAGAAACCAAACAUUUCCAUUGAUGAUGUAUUCCUCCCAAAGGAUUUAGACAGCAUGGAGAUGGAUGAGACUGAUCGUGAAGUGGAGUACUUCAAAAGGUUCUGCUUAGAUUCUGCCAAGCAAACACGCCAGAAAGUAGCUGUGAACUGGACCAACUUUAGCCUGAAGAAAACCACUUCAAAUGUGGCUCAGUGAUGCCUGCACUUUCUCACUUUUACACCUCUCUUCUAGCUCCUACCAAUACAGAUCUUUGAAAUCUGCGAUGAACGCCAGUCCCAUCUACUGUUUCACUUUCCCUCACUGACUUUUUUGGGGGGGAUCUGAUUUUAAGUACACAUUUACACCGAUCUGAUCUUAGUUUCUUUUUACGAAAGUCUUAAAAUGGCAACGGUCUACAUUACAAGAAAGGUUUUAAAACA